AUGGUCACCAAGGUAAACAGAGAUUUGUUUUACAAAUUGGCCUCUGACCUGCAAGAAGAAAGAUUCCAAGCUGCGAUAUCUUUAGUGAAAGAACUUACAAAUUUAUUAUUGCCGGACGAAACAGAGGAAUGGACCUACGUCGUUAACAGAUUGAUCAAAGGGCUUGCAUCAGAUCGUUCUAGUGCUAGAUUAGGGUUUUCACUAUGUUUAACUGAGGUUAUCAACUUAGCGUUGUCUAUGAAGGAAAAUGCACCAGAAGGACUACAAACUAUUGAUGAUUUCCUCCAGUUAUUAUCCAAGACAUUAUCAUUGGAUACAAAUGCAAAUGAAAAGGGUGCAUUGAAGAAGAAAAAAGGAAGAGAUGAAAGAGGGUUAUUGUUUGGUAAAAUGUUUGGUUUACAAGCUGUGACAAAUGAGCCUGUUUUCAGUUCUGUAUUUUUAACUAAGAAGGACGGCAAAACCGAAAUUACCCCAUUUGCAUUCAAAUUCAUGAAUGAAGUGGUAGACUUGGCCUUAAAGAAAAAUUGGAUAAAGGAAUCUUGUCUGUUCACAUUAUUUCAAACAAUCCAGAAAUUAUUACCAUAUGCAAAUAAGGAUACUUAUUUAUCAAUCCUUUCCCUUCUGGAUUCACACAACUUGAGCUUGACUAGUGAAGGAUUAGCAGUUUAUCUGACUAUCUUGUAUGGCGAUACCAACGACAAUAAACUUGAUACAAGCUCGAUUGAAUUUAAGAAUCCAGGUUGGAAAAAUAAUGAUCCAUUAUCGAGAGGUAAUCUACCUCUUUUAACGGAGGUAUUACGUGAUUCUUCAGUCACACAACCAAGUGAAGGAUAUGAAAAUUCCAAAAAACAGAACGCAUCUAAUUGGAACCCAAGAUUGCACUUUGUGUGGGAUAUACUGCUACCAAUAUUGAUUUCGGGAAAGCACACAACCGCAUCAAAUACUCAACAUAUUUCGAAGAAGAGGAAAAAGAAUAACAAUGAGCUACCUAAGCAUAUUGAGUUUCCUGAAUUUUGGCAGAUGGUCGUCGAUGAGUCUUUUUUCAAUGAAAAGGCUUCCAGUGAAAGAAAGUACCUCGGUUUUUUGAUUUUUAUUAAAACAAUAAAAGUUGUUAGCCAGACUCAAUUGAAUAAUUGUUUUAGUCAUAAUUUCAUGAGGUCAUUAAUCAAUCAAUCAACAGACUCCAAACGUCUAUUGCACAAAAUGUCUCAAAAUGCUUUAAAUACCAUUAUUGAAGUCUGUCAGGAGGAUUCUUCCAAUAAAUUAGUUAAAUGUGUAAACGCAAUGGUAUUUGGUCCUUCAGGAUCAAUUAAUUUUGACAAGCUAACUAAAUCGAAAACGAUCAGUAAACUAAUCAGCAUCCACCCCCUUGAUGUCAAAACGUUGGCUGAUUUAUUCGACCUCUUCACAUCAAACAUUUCCGAGAAAUCAGAAAAUAAGCAAAAAAAUCGUUACGUUUUGGAUACUCUUCUUCACAUCGUCCGUACUCACAAAACUGGUUUAGAAUAUGAUGCCAUAGUAACUCCAUUAUUAGAUCCAUUAAUUCAAUGGGCCUUCUUCGCAAAGGAAAAUGAGCCUUUAAAUGAAUUGGCAAAAGAAAGAUUUUCCUCUAUUUUAGCCGAGCUAACCUCAGUUAUUCCAAAAGAACCACACCAUUCCUGGCAAUAUUAUGCAUUAGAUAUAAUUCUUAAGAAGGAAAGGACUGGGAAGUUUGAACUUGUUAAUAAAUUGGAUGAAAAUUUAGGUAAGAUAAAGAAUGAUGCAUGCGAUGUAAUUGUUAAAAUUAUCAAGUCACCACAAUCUCCACAAUUGAAUGGGUUGGAAUCAUUGUUGUCUAUGUGUUUGCUUCAACUAUUCUCCGGAGAAACAGAAUCUUUAUCUACGAUAGAGGAAUUGAUUGAAUUCUACAAAGAGCAUAAAGGUGAUACAGAAUCGACGUCAUUGGUUGGUAUUACCGAAAUACUACUCUCUUUAUUAGCACAGAAAAAGGCUGUGUUAAGAAAGUUAAGUCUGAUGGUAUGGGAGCAAUUUAUAACUAAUGUGGGCAAAGAAGAGCUAAAUAUUUUACUGGACGUUUUAAAGGCAAGAGAAAAUAAACAAGGUUUUGCUCACUUAUUUGAAGGUGCCGAUGAGUACGAGGAAAUUGAAGACGAGCAAGAAGGUGAAAGCAACCAAUCAGAGGAGAAGGAUGUUAGCGGUGAGGAGUCCGAAGAGAGUGAAGAGAGUGAAAUAGACGACGAAGACGAUUCGCUGGAUACUGCUGAAGUCAAUAAUAUCGAUAAGGAAGCAACAAGUGCGCUUGCAAAAGCAUUGAAUUUACCAGAAAAUAUUGUCAAUGAUAAGGGUGAAGUCGACGUAGCAAAACUGGAGGCUCUUUCAGAUUCCGACAUGGAUGAUGAUGAUGAUGACAGUGAUGAAGAAUCCAUGGACGAUGAAAAAAUGAUGCUACUAGAUGACCAGUUAUCAGAAAUCUUCAAGCGUCGGAAAGAGGCGUUAUCUACAACAUCAACUGGUAAUCAAAGAAAAAUUGAGGCUAAAGAGUCUCGUGAAAACGUUAUUGCUUUUAAAAGUAGAGUUGUCGAUCUACUUACUGUCUACGUGAAAUAUGUAGAGAAAUUACAGACUGCUGAUCAUUCCCAAAAGUUUGUGAACCUCAUUUCAUUUGUUGAACCCAUGGUUACAUGCGUUCAAAAAACUUUAGAUAAAUCUCUAGCAGAUAAGGUCUCGAAACUACUGAAGACAAGAAUUUUUAAAAUAAAAAGUUCAACUUUCAAAAAUAGUGCUAACCCGGUAGAAGUUUUGGAGUAUCUAAAGAAACUGCAUGAAAAGCUAUUAACUGAAAAACCUGGUCAACAUCCACAACUAUAUUACACACUUUCCUCCUCUGCAUCAUUAUUUUUCAGCAAGAUUUAUGUGGCAUCCUCGACUGAUGAGACAAACGCUUACAAUAAAUUGAUCGACCAAUAUUCAAAUACAACAAAAUCUUGGAUGUCUAAGUCCAAAUUUGGUCCAAACUUCUUUGCGGAUUUUUUCAAUUGGCUUGCAUCCAGGAAAUAG